AAAAAUUGCAAUUGCAAGAAAAAAUUAAAAUUUAAAAAAUAAUCUGAAAAUAAACAGAACCAAAUAAAGAUAAACCCAAAGACCAAAAAAAUAAAAAAAAAAUCACUGAAGGAAAAAAAAACAAAAAAUAAAUAUUUAUGAACAAAAAUAUGGUGACAGGAAUAAAGUCCAUAAGCCAGCAACAAGUGAUCAACAGUAACACAAUGGGAUUAAAUGGAAUAACCACAACACAGAUGCCUUCCCAGGAAGUGCCUAUAAAGCGUGCCACAGCUAGUGAUACACGUCGGAGCAAUAAGCCAAUUAUGGAGAAGAGACGACGCGCAAGAAUCAACAAUUGCCUUAACGAGCUCAAAACACUUAUUUUGGAUGCGAUGAAGAAAGACCCAGCAAGACAUUCAAAAUUAGAAAAAGCUGAUAUACUUGAGAUGACGCUCGCAUUCUUAAAAAAUCAUCAACUCAAUCUUCAACGUCAACAGGCGGCAAUGUCACAAGCAGCUGAUGCUACAAUCGCUUCAAAGUUCAAGGCUGGUUUUGCUGAUUGUGCAAAUGAAGUGGGACGAUUUCCAGGACUUGAGCCUCAAGUUAAACGACGAUUGUUACAGCAUUUGAGUAAUUGCUUGAAUGGAGCUAAGCAGGAGCCAGUGCUUCCAUCACCGCCUAGUUCACCCGAACAAGAUUCACACAUAACAGCUACAACAAAUGGAUAUUUUUUAACAAAUGGAAGUGGAAAUGGUGUACAAUUGAUUCCAACAAAGUUAUCGAAUGGAAACAUUGCAUUUGUUCUUCCUCAAUCAGUUCAAACAUCAGCUAUACCUAUGCUCGUACCAAUUCCAUCAAGAACAGCAUCAACUGGAUCUGCCACAUCAUCAAAUUACGAAAGAAUUCGUGAGCAAUCAACAUCUCCAUAUCAUCAGCCUCCAAGUCCUGCCAAUUCAUCAUAUGAGCCAAUGGAUUGUAUGCCAGCACAUCAAAAUCUUCAUCAUCAGCAUCACCCGCAGCAAUUCAACUUCCAUCCACAUCAACAACAGUCACAGUCAAGCUUGAAACGACCAUACAGUCCAUCGGCGCCUAUUUCACUGGUAAUGAAAAAGACAAACUUUGAUCAACAGAUGAAGGAUGACGAGAAGCCAUGGCGACCUUGGUAAAGUAAUCGAUAAGUGCCUUCUACUUCAUACGGGCAUGUCUUAAUGUAAAUAAAAUGAUCUUAAUCUUAUGUAAAUAUUAAUUGUUAACUUAUGGGUUGUUAUUUAGUGAAGCUAUUAGACUCGGACCAUUCACAAUUCAAAUUAUUAUUUUCUUUCGUAAAAUUUGCGUGACAUAAAAGCCAACACGGCAAUAAAAACUUGUAGAAAUAAGAGAAAAAGAAAGAAAUUUUUUAUAUACAUAUUUUUAAAAGGAGGGAACGUUGUGAUAAUGAUUCGUAAAAAUUUUUCCUAUUUUUUUUGAAAUUCACACUUAAAACUAAAUUGAAAUUUAUAAGCAAGAGGAAAGAUACAACUCAGUGGAUGCCACAGAAGAAGAAGUGUGGAAAAAGAAGAAUUUUUUCUUUAAGAGACGUGACAUUGUGCGCUCUACAAAGUUUUUCUUUUCUUAAUUUUUAAUUUAAACGAGAAAAAAAAGUUGUUUUAGUGGUUUUGAAGUUUCGGUAGUUUUUAAGCCGCAAGUCAUUGAGUUGUGAGAAUCAGCAGGGAAAAUUUACACAAAAAAAACAUGACCCUCGUUUAUCUAUUAUAUGUCAACAUAUAUUGUAUAUUUUUAGAAUAAAUAAAUCGUG